AAGCCAGCCAGCCAGCCAGCCCCAAACUCCCGCUUCUGGGGGACAGGCAUUCCGGACUGUCCAUCUGUCCCUCCAUCCCCCUCCACGCGGAUCUUAGAUCCCCGUCCUCCCUCUCUUGCGGCCGCCUCCUUCUCCGCUCAGGACGGGGGUGCCAAGAUGCCCAGCGGCCGCGCAGGGGCCCGGGCCGCCCCCGACGUGUGACCCCAGCUUGGUCCCCCUGCUCGGCUGUCCGCCGCCCUCUCCGUGGACAACCCCGGCACGGCCUCCGGGGGAGGAGGAGGAGGAGGAAGAAGAAGAAGACGCUGCAGAAGUCGAGAGGGGGAUGUCGUCGGGCUCCAAAAAAGGCGUGAGCCCCCCGGGGGGCGCCGCGUCCCGAGGAGGCCCGGAGCACCGUUCCGCAUGGGGACAGGCCGAUCCCCGGGCCAACGGCUACCCGCACGCUCCCGGGGGCUCCAGCAAGCAAGCUGGGGGGCCGGGGACCCCGCAGCAGCAGCAGCAGCAGCGCUUGGCUAGCCGCUGGCGAGGGGAUGAUGACGACGACGACCCCCUGGCCGGCGGCUUCGGCUUCAGCUUUCGCUCCAAGUCCGCUUGGCAGGAGCGCGGUGGCGACGAUUGCGGGCGCGGCAGCCGGAGGCAGCGGCGGGGCGCGGCCGGCGGCGGGGGCAGCAACCGGGCACCCCCUGCCGGCGGCAGCGGCGGCUCGGCGGCAGCGGCGGCUGCAGCGGGGGGCCCCGAAGUGCGCCCCCGCUCCGUGGACCUGGGCCUGGAAGAGCGGCGGGGCAAAGGCCGCGCCGCCGACGACCUCGAAGGCGCCGUCGAGGGCGACGUCCAGGAGCCCGGCGAUGCUUGCAGCCUUGCAGGGUCGGGCCGGGGCCGGGGCCCGGGCGCGGUGCUGUCCCUGGGUGCCUGCUGCAUGGCGCUGCUGCAGAUCUUCCGCUCCAAAAAGUUCCCCUCGGACAAGCUGGAGCGGCUGUACCAGCGCUACUUCUUCCGCCUGAACCAGAGCAGCCUCACCAUGCUGAUGGCCGUGCUGGUCCUCGUGUGCCUCGUCAUGCUGGCCUUCCACGCGGCCCGGCCCCCGAUCCAGCUGCCCUACUUGGUGGUGCUGUCGGUGGCCGUGGGUGUCAUCCUGGUGAUGGCCGUGCUCUGCAACCGCGCGGCCUUCCACCAGGACCACAUGGGUCUGGCCUGCUACGCGCUCAUCGCCGUGGUGCUGGCGGUCCAGGUGGUGGGCCUCUUGCUGCCCCAGCCUCGAAGCGCCUCCGAAGGCAUCUGGUGGACCGUGUUCUUCAUCUAUACCAUCUACACGCUGCUGCCCGUGCGCAUGCGGGCCGCUGUGCUCAGCGGGGUCCUCCUGUCUGCUCUCCACUUGGCCAUUGCCCUUCGCACCAAUGCUGAGGAUCAGUUCCUACUCAAGCAGCUUGUCUCCAAUGUCCUCAUUUUCUCCUGCACCAACAUUGUGGGUGUCUGCACCCACUACCCGGCUGAGGUCUCACAGAGACAAGCCUUCCAGGAGACCCGGGAGUGCAUCCAGGCACGACUCCACUCACAGCGGGAGAACCAGCAGCAGGAGCGGCUGCUGCUGUCUGUCCUACCCCGCCAUGUUGCCAUGGAGAUGAAAGCAGACAUCAACGCCAAGCAGGAGGAUAUGAUGUUCCAUAAGAUUUACAUCCAGAAACAUGACAACGUGAGCAUCCUGUUUGCUGACAUCGAGGGCUUCACAAGUCUGGCAUCUCAGUGCACUGCCCAGGAGCUGGUCAUGACCCUCAAUGAGCUUUUCGCCCGCUUUGACAAGCUGGCUGCGGAAAAUCACUGUUUACGCAUUAAGAUCUUGGGGGACUGUUACUACUGCGUCUCAGGGCUGCCUGAAGCCAGGGCUGACCACGCCCAUUGCUGCGUGGAGAUGGGCAUGGACAUGAUUGAGGCCAUCUCGUUGGUCCGGGAGGUGACAGGGGUGAACGUGAACAUGCGCGUGGGAAUCCACAGCGGGCGAGUACACUGCGGUGUCCUUGGUCUCAGGAAGUGGCAGUUCGACGUCUGGUCUAACGACGUCACGCUGGCCAACCACAUGGAAGCCGGAGGCAAAGCGGGACGCAUCCAUAUCACCAAGGCCACACUCAACUACCUGAACGGGGACUACGAGGUGGAGCCGGGCUGUGGGGGCGAGCGCAACGCCUACCUCAAGGAACAUAGCAUUGAGACCUUCCUCAUCCUGCGCUGCACCCAGAAACGGAAAGAAGAAAAGGCUAUGAUCGCCAAGAUGAACCGCCAGAGAACCAACUCAAUUGGACAUAACCCCCCACCCUGGGGAGCUGAGCGCCCCUUCUAUAACCACCUGGGCGGCAACCAAGUGUCCAAGGAGAUGAAGCGGAUGGGCUUCGAAGACCCCAAGGACAAGAAUGCCCAGGAAAGUGCAAACCCAGAGGAUGAAGUGGAUGAAUUUCUGGGCCGAGCCAUUGAUGCCAGGAGCAUCGACAGGCUUCGGUCUGAGCACGUCCGCAAGUUCCUCCUGACCUUCAGGGAGCCUGACUUAGAGAAGAAGUACUCCAAGCAGGUGGAUGACCGAUUUGGUGCCUAUGUGGCGUGCGCCUCACUCGUCUUCCUCUUCAUUUGCUGUGUGCAGAUCACCAUUGUGCCCCACUCACUCUUCAUGCUGAGUUUCUACCUGACCUGCUUCCUGAUGCUGACCUUGGUGGUGUUUGUGUCUGUGAUCUACUCCUGUGUAAAGCUGUUUCCCAGCCCGCUGCAGACCCUCUCCAGGAAGAUCGUGAGGUCCAAGAUGAACAGCACUUUGGUUGGGGUGUUCACCAUCAUUCUGGUGUUCCUGUCGGCCUUUGUCAACAUGUUCAUGUGCAACUCCAGGGACCUAUUGGAUUGCGUAGCAAAGGAACACGACAUCAACAGAAGCCAGGUGAAUGCCUGCCACGUGGUGAACUUAGCCAUCAACUACAGCCUGGGCAUCGAGCAGGGCUUCUGCGACAGCCCCCGGCCCAACUGCAACUUCCCAGAGUAUUUCACUUACAGUGUGCUGCUCAGCCUGCUGGCCUGCUCCGUGUUCCUGCAGAUCAGCUGCAUCGGGAAACUGGUGCUCAUGCUGGCCAUCGAGCUCAUCUACGUGCUCAUCGUCGAGGUGCCUGGCGUCACGCUCUUCGACAAUGCCGACCUGCUGGUCACCGCCAAUGCCAUAAAUUUCAACAACAGUGGAACCUCCCAGUGCCCUGAGCAUGCAACCAAGGUGGCGCUGAAGGUGGUGACGCCUAUCAUCAUCUCCGUGUUCGUGCUGGCCCUUUACCUGCAUGCCCAGCAGGUGGAGUCUACCGCCCGCCUUGACUUCCUCUGGAAACUGCAGGCCACAGAGGAGAAAGAGGAGAUGGAGGAGCUGCAGGCCUACAACCGACGCCUGCUGCACAAUAUCCUGCCCAAGGAUGUGGCGGCGCACUUCCUGGCUCGUGAGCGGCGCAAUGAUGAGCUUUACUACCAGUCCUGCGAGUGUGUGGCCGUCAUGUUUGCCUCCAUCGCCAACUUCUCCGAGUUCUAUGUGGAGCUGGAAGCCAACAACGAAGGAGUUGAGUGCUUGCGGCUGCUCAACGAGAUCAUUGCCGACUUUGAUGAGAUCAUCAGUGAGGACCGGUUCCGGCAACUGGAGAAAAUCAAGACUAUCGGCAGCACCUACAUGGCCGCUUCCGGCCUCAAUGACACUACUUAUGACAAGGCGGGCAAGAGCCACAUCAAAGCUCUGGCUGACUUUGCCAUGAAGCUGAUGGACCAAAUGAAAUACAUCAAUGAGCACUCCUUCAACAACUUCCAGAUGAAGAUUGGGCUCAAUAUCGGCCCUGUGGUGGCCGGCGUGAUCGGGGCACGUAAGCCUCAGUAUGACAUCUGGGGCAAUACAGUGAACGUGGCCAGCCGCAUGGACAGCACAGGGGUGCCUGACCGAAUCCAGGUCACCACAGACAUGUACCAGGUGCUGGCUGCCAACACCUACCAGCUGGAGUGCCGAGGUGUGGUGAAAGUCAAGGGCAAGGGCGAGAUGAUGACCUACUUCCUCAACGGAGGGCCCCCACUCAGCUAGCAGUUCCCACUGUGCUGCAGGCCACCGGGCCUCCAAGGAAAUGGAUAUGGCUUCUUUGUGCGCCUUGAGGAGGGCGAGGGAAGGAUGCCCUGCACUCCAGCAGGUGGGGCCGUCCUGGUGAGGGUCUCCACUUAGACUCCAGAAGCAGCUUCUGCCUUGGCAGGGGUAGGGGGGGUGACGGCAGCCUCCAUCCCAGGCCCAGGGGUACCAGCGUCCUGCGAGCCCCAAGCUGACCAAAGAUGUUCCCCUCUGUCGAAGACUCCGCUAGACUUGACCUGAAUCUUGAGUUCCCUGAAGGGUGCUGCUGUGUGUUGGGAAGGGGCAGUCGGGGUGGUAGCCUGGGUUGGCGGGGGACCUCAACUGGGACCCCAUCACUGCCCACCCCCAGGAACCUGCUUUUCCAAGUGAGCCUUGAUAUUCUGGGGGCUUUGGGGCAGGAGUGCUACCGGCUUUACUACAAUAUCCCAACACCCAACCACACACAGUCAGGGCCCCUAUGUCGGGGCCAAGCUCAUGCCAGGAGGAGGCUAGAGGACCUGAAGCAAGGCGUGGUGGUUCAAAGAGAAAGAAAAUAUUUAUUAAAUAAAACAAACCACG